AUGAGGACAGUUCGAUACUGUCUAGGAAGGGGAAUAUUAUUAGAGGCGAGAUUAGAAGGGAGAUUGCAACUUACAAGGCGGUAUACAGACUCGGCUUCACCUCGACAGGCAACUACCCUGUCGAGCGCCUCAUCGUCAGCCUCAUCCUCCUCGACCUCCCCCUCAACCUCGACAACCACUCCUACAUCAACCACCGCUUCUAUUCUCCUACCCCCUCCUUCAUCUCCCUCCCCCUCUCCCUCCUCAUCCCCUCUGACAACCCCUGCAACCCCGACAUCCCCCCCACCCACACCCCCCUCCCCAUCCAUCCAAAUCCACCGUCGCCUCAACACCCUAUUUCAAGACGCCUCCGCCCGCCUGUCCACGUUCGGCGAGCGGCUGAACCAGUUUACAGGGUAUGCGGAGAUCGAGGGGCUCAAGAAGCAAGAAGGGAUGCACCUCCUGCACCAGGAUGCAAGGAACGCGAAACGCGAGUAUGAACUUGCAGUCUCCGCCCGCAGCGCCUGCCAAAGACAAGUCAACGAUCUCCUGCAACGGAAAUCCAUGUGGACCGAAUCUGACGUGUCAAGGUUCACCGAGCUCGUAAGGCAGGACCAUGCGAACGAGCAGACGGAGCAAGUGGCGCAGGAAGGAGUGCAGAAGGCUGAAGAGGAGGUCGAGAGGGGCCAGGGAGUGCUCAUGCAGACUAUUCUGCAUAGGUAUCAUGAGGAGCAAGUGUGGAGCGACAAGAUCCGUAGUGCGAGCACGUAUGGCUCUCUCGUUGCUCUGGGGCUCAAUAUGGUUGUGUUUAUGAUGGCGGUCGUUGUGGUUGAACCGUGGAAACGGAAGAGGCUGGCGGAGGUGUUCGAGCUGCGGGUGGGGGAGAUGACGAGAGAGGUGGAAGGGGUGGUGAGAGAGGAGGUGGGAAAAGUGGGCAAGAGGCUGGAGAGGGAUGAACGCGGGUUGGAGGUACCUCGCGCUGGCGUGCCUCCAGUGCUGGUGCAGACCAGGACAGCAAGUGUCCAAACCGACAUCACACUAGAAGAACCCCAUGAACCCCGGGAGAGAGCGCCAUGGAUAGAACGAGACUGGAAAUCGACGAUCGUCAGAACAUGGAGCGCUAUUAGGAGCCGGGGGAUGGAAGAUGACCAGGUUGUGCUCGCUUUGGCUAGCACGGCGGUAGGAGUGUUGGGUAUGGGUAUGGUCUCCCUUUCGGUGUGGGCGAUGAGGAACCGGUGAUUGUCAUACGGGGAAUGUAAUGUUUAUAUGGAGAAGAAAGAGGGCAAAAGAACUUGUUGCCCAAGCUUCUGUGAUCCUACGCAAUGCAUCGUCUU